AUGAAGGUAGCCGUCGGCGCCCACGGCGUCCACUCAGCAUCCCUGGCCGGGCCGGAGAAGACCCAAAUCGAGGUCACCGGCGACGGAAUCGACUCUGUGGCACUCGUAAAUCUGCUUCGAAGGAAAGUGGGAUGCGCUCAACUGCUCAGCGUUGGCCCUAUGGAAGAGAAGAAGGAAGAGGAAGCGGAGAAGAAACCGGAGGAGGAAGAUUCUAAACCGCCGCCGGCGCCCGUCGUAUGGUCCUACGGCUACGCUAGUGGCCGCCCGCCGCCUCAUCACUACGUCUACCAACCGAACCCGGACAUUGUUGGGUACUGUUACAAUGACAAUGACCCUUCUUGCGCCAUCAUGUAG